UGCAGUUCGGGAGGCGGUAUCAUUGUGGUGGCAGCGACACUCGGAGACUCCCGACAAAAUUGUUUUUAAAAAGUGUCAGAAAACGAACCAUGGAGGAGCUGGACCUGAGUCUGAGUGAUGCUCUGACGGACAGCGUCCCCCAGGAGGGUCCAGAGGGCCUGGUGGGGAGAGACUUCGUGGCCCAGCUAGAAUCCGAGGCCUUCGUUGACCAGGUGGGCGAAACGGUGGGCAAGACCGACUACAUCCUCCUGAUGGACAAUGAUGGGAUCAGGGCAGGUUCUAAUGUGACACCGGGGGGACAGAUAUCAGCUUCGCGCCCAGAACCACAGGGGGAAGUGCGUCCCAAAUCGGCAGAGCACCAGGUCUUUGCCGCAACAGAUUUCCUCUCAGGCUCCAUGGCGGGCGUCCCUGAUCAGUGGAGCUCCCAGCCCAACAUCCCGCCCCAGAUGAUGGAUAGUGGACUGAUAAGAGAUUCCUCAGGUAGAGUCCCUCCCUCAGGUUUCUCCCAGCAUGUCAUGGGGGUGAAUAUGGACAUGGGGAUGGCUCUACUGUCAGCAGAGAGGCCUCCCAGCAUCGCUGAGCACCAGACGCCCAAGGACAUGUCUACAGGUGCCCUGGGCGAUGGCUGGACAGACAAGGUUUGCAUUCCCACCGACCUGCCGUUCACCCCAAGCUCCUCCACAAUGAUCAGUCACCAUGCAAGCCACCUGGCGGCCAGCCCCGAGGACCUUCCUGACUGUGGCUGGCCCCACCAAGAGGCCUUGGCCAUGGGGGAGGAGAUGGAGAGCAACGAGGGAAAUGACUGCAAACAACAACAACAGCAGAAGAAGAAGAAGAAGAGGAGGCCCCGAGACGAGGUGUACGACAGGGGCCAACCGGAGACUCAGGCUGAGAUCCCGUCAGAGGGCCACCACAGGGUCACCCCCCGCAAGGACAGGGACAGGAUGGUGGGGGGCUGGGAGCGGGAAGAGCCAGGGAGGAGUGGAGGCAGGGGAAAGAGGGGCAAGAGCAGGAAGAAGCUUCCAGAAGAGUGGGGGUUUACAGCCGAGCCCUUCGUGCCCUCCUCUGCAGCUCACCUACCCGAGGGGGUGUUAGACCAACUAGCGCCCCCCAUCGUCCACCCCCGGCGCCUGGAGAACCCCUGCUCUAGCAUGGGUGACAUGGGUCUGAUCCCUGCCAGUGAAGACCUCUUCCCUUCAUCUCUCACCCAGAAUCUGCUUCCUCUCAUGGCCACAACCUCCCCUCCACCUGCCAUGGCCUGCGAUCUCCUGCCUACCACCCCCGUCUCCAUCCCCACCAGUCAGGGAGACUUUUCGCCCAGAGGCUCCUUCCCCACAUGUCCUGGAGACCCAUUCACCGCCAGCUACCAAGACCUGCUUAUGGAUACAGAGACUGCCAGCCUGGGUAAUGACAAAGAGGCUUUCUCCCCAACUUUUUCCCUAGAUUCCCUAGUUCAUGAGUCAGGGGUCAAAGUGAUGUUUGAUCAUGACACCUCAAUGCAGGAUGUCCAUAUUGAAGAUGCUGUGAGUUUUAGCCCCACCCACCAACCAGAUAGUGGCCUAUCACCAUUGGAGAAGCCUAGUGAGCUCACAGCGACCGCACCCCCUUUCUCCCCCUCCGACAGCUCCUGGCUCAUCAACGACUACCACUUCAACAACAACUGCUUUGAGUUCAGUGACAUCACUCCAGGGCACUCCCUACCUGUGGGCCUGGCCUUCGACACACCCAGCCCAGUCCCGCUCCGCUCCCCCAAAACCGUGCCUGAAUUCUACCCCAGGGGGGGCAAAAAGGCCAAAUCCCCAUCACAGAAGAUACCCAAGAAGUCCCGCUCCUCCUCCUCAACUUCCACCAAAAGCCCCACCUCACCAGGUUCCAGUCUGAACCCCACCGCCCAGUCUUUCUUCCCCUGCUUUGCCAACCCCACAGAGCCCCUCACCGUGGUGGUGACCCCAAUGUCUGAAGUAAAAUCCAAUAAGAUGGACAAACCAGAGAAAGAGGAGAAGAUGGACAACUUCGAGAAGUUGGACCAAUUUAAGAUGCUCGAUAAACUAGACAGAGUGGAGAAGAAGGAUACGACUGCGAAGACUGAAGCGUCAGUGAAGGUGGAGUACGCAGUCCCACUGGACAAAGAGGAGAAGAUAGAUAAAAUGGACAAGGCAGAGAAAACAGAAAAGCUGGAGCCAACAGAUAAGGCAGAAAAUACAGAUGAAGAAGACAAAUCAGAGAAGAUGGAUAAAAUGGACAAGGACAAGAAGACUGACAAGGUAGAGAAGAUGGAUAAAGUGCAAAAGACUGAAAAAGAAGAAAAAACUGAGAAGAUGGAUAAGAAGACUGACAAGGUAGAGAAGAUGGAUAAGGUGGAAACACCUGAGAAGACAGAACAGAAAGAACAGAGUAUUGAAAAAGUGGAGAAGACCCCAGAAAAACAGGAGACAUCGGUGAAGUCGAACACAUUUGACAAGAUGGAAACACAGUCUGACAAGGAGGAGACAGCCCAUGUUGGAAAGGUAACAGUAACAGCUGAGAAAAAAACAGACAGAGCAGAGAAGCCCACAGACAAAGUGGAGGAGGAGAAGACAGAGAAAACAGACAAGGUGGAGGAGGAGGAGAAGAAGAAGAAGACAGAGAAAACAGACAAGGUGGAGGAGGAGAAGACAGAGAAAACAGACAAGGUGGAGGAGGAGAAGAAGACAGAGAAAACAGACAAGGUGGGGGAGGAGGAGAAGAAGAAGAAGAAGACAGAGAAAACAGACAAGGUGGAGGAGGAGGAGAAGAAGAAGAAGACAGAGAAAACAGACAAGGUGGAGGAGGAGAAGAAGACAGAGAAAACAGACAAGGUGGAGGAGGAGAAGAAGACAGAGAAAACAGACAAGGUGGGGGAGGAGGAGAAGAAGAAGAAGAAGACAGAGAAAACAGACAAGGUGGAGGAGGAGAAGAAGACAGAGAAAACAGACAAGGUGGAGGAGGAGAAGAAGACAGAGAAAACAGACAAGGUGGGGGAGGAGGAGAAGAAGAAGAAAGAGAAAACAGACAAGGCGAAGGAUGAGAAAUCCGAGAAAAAAGAGCUUAAAAGUCCUGAGAGGAAAAUGGACAAGAUAGCAGAGACAGCUGAUAAGGCCAAAAAAACUGCAAGUAAACCUUCAACCAAUGGGAGCGGUGCUGCACCAAGCAGGGACCUGCCAAGUCCAGACAGGAAGACCAAGCCUGUUGCUGGGGCAACCAAACCGAGCGCUGCUAAGCCGCGGCCGAGCUCGGCAGCAUCCGUCAGUGCUGCCGCCCCCAAACGCCCCACCCAUUCCUCCACCUCAGCCACACUCAGCAAAAAAACGCCCAUGCCCAAGGCCCCCACCCCCACCACUGCCCACAAGCGACCCUUGUCCGCAGCCAACCUCUCCACGUCUGCCGCCGCCACCUCCACCCCUGCGUCCCGUGAGGUCAAGUCUAAGACCACAGAGAGACGUCCUCUAGUACCAAAGGCGACCACCACCUCCACGGCUCCAAAUGCUGCCCCUAAAAAUGUCUCUGCUACCACGGCAACCAGUAAACCAGCCAUGGCUCCCCGCACCGCCACAAGCACACCCGCAACCAGACGCCCCCUGGCAUCAAAGACUGACAGCAAGCCAGGAGAGGAAAUCAAGCCCAGCACUCUGAAGUCAACAACAGCUGACUCCACCCGGCCCCGGAUCAGCACCACCAAUGCCACCCCCCGUGUCCGCCCCACCACCACCAAACCAGCCCCCGCCCCCUCCUCCACAGUACCAGAGAAGAAGCCCCCUGGGCCCCGUGUCCCCCGUCCCACCUCUAACACCACCUGGGGCAAUGUCAGCGCCUCGGGGACCACCUCCCACCCAAGCACAGCCCCCGCACCUGACAUCCGCAACGUGCGCUCCAAGAUCGGCUCCACGGACAACAUGAAGUACCAGCCCGGAGGGGGGAAGGUCUCUGGCAGGAGCGACGCCCUGGGCCAAGGCUCCUCCUCCAAAGAGACCAGACAGGCCAAAGUUCAGAUAGUCACCAAAAAGCUGGACUUCAGCCACGUCACCUCACGCUUGGGUUCCAAGGACAAUAUCAAGCAUGUUCCUGGUGGAGGGAAGGUUCAGAUACUCAACAAAAAGGUGGACUUAAGCAAAGUGACAUCAAAGUGUGGCUCCAAGGCCAACAUCAAACACAAGCCUGGGGGCGGCGAUGUGAAGAUCGAGUCCCAGAAAGUGAACUUCAAGGAUAAGGCUAAAUCCAAAGUGGGUUCAAUGGACAACCUGUGUCACGGGCCCGGCGGUGGCAACAUCGAGGCUGAGGGGGCCCAGGAGAUAGCAGAGGGGAAUGAGGUUCCCCCCAGUGAUACCCCAGUUCCAGCCACGGUGCCAGGACAGGCAAGCAGCCCCUCCCGGGAGAAUGGGGUAAAGGAGGAUGCCCCCUGCCAGGACCUCCAUGACCCCCAGGGCCUGGACUCAAGCAUCCCCGAGACAAAUUGAGUCUUUCAAGCUCAACUUCUGCUAGAACGCCUGCUCUCGCACGGAUCACGGCGCCGACAUCAUAACCUGGCCAGCCCCAGACAACAGCCCCUCACACCUGCAACCCAGUGUCUCUCUCAAUGACUUCCUGGCCUCUGCCGGCUACCCCCAGCCCCUUCCCUCUUCCCCCCGCUAGGGCAUGGGGCAACGGCACACUAGCAGGACUCGGAUCAUGACCCUCAACCCCACACCCCAGUUCCAAAUACCUCACCCUUCCUAUGAUCUAAUUCAUGUAUCAUGUUAUUACGCCUACCCUGCGCUACCUACCUACCGCUGUCCUGUUCCCAUUGGCUGAGCUGACAUUGUACAUACAGUAGACCAAGCUUCAGGCAGGGUGGGAUAUCAAUGGGAGGGUAACGGAGGCUUGCCAUGUUCUCUCUGAUUUGUCUGGUUGUGCUAAUCUUGUUUUCUGUUGGUCCCUCUGAUCAGGUGAUGGGAGGGGCGAUGGGCUGUGUUGUAUAUGAACCUUUUCCUUCCUGGCUUUCUGACAACAGCGCUCAUUUUAGAUCAUGUUUCCUGGUCUCUACAAGAGCAGAACAUGGCAGUCACAGUAGCAGACGCCAGUCAUGUCCAGUAUUACAGUAUGUACUAGUGCCGUUUUAGUGAGAGCGUAAUCUACCAGGCAACAGCGGCCUUGAACAAACCUGUUUGCUUCGUACAGACACCCCCAUAGACACUACCCAAUGGGAAACCCUCCUAGACUCACCUGUGGGUUACGUACGGAGAGUAAUAUGUGUGCAGCACCCCUUUACUUGUGAGCAUGUAGGGCUGCCGUGUGUUCCCAAUAACCAUUGAUUAUUCACUCAGUAUUCACUAACCAUCAAUUCACUCACUGGUUCACCUCCCUCCUCUCUUCACUGUCCAUCAUCAGAGCAUUUGAAACUAGUAGACUGUUUGAACAGUAGGCUAUUUAACUCUCUUUAAUCUAUGUGUUUGUGAUGGUGUGUUUGAGUCAAUUCUGCUGUAACAAUGAGCUGUGGUGUUCUGUUCCGUUUACUCUCUCUCUCUCUCUCUCUAUUUCUCUCUCUCUCUCUAUUUCUCUCUCUCUCUCUCCUUUGGUUUAUUUUCCUCAUCUGUUUUGGUAGAAGGUUUUUCUCAUCGUUUCCUUCUUUAUUAGUAUUCUUUCUCGUACAAGCAAUACGCUGGAUGGUCUAUUUACCGUUAGGACUCAGAGAGCUUCUUGUAUACACGCAAACAUUUAUUUUUUAUUGAAACAAAGGCACACAGUCAUGAAGACGCAACUCUGUUUAGGGCUUUGAGACCGAGGAAGCAUGUUGGGAAUGUGAGGAGGGAGAUAAAGACGGAUAAGAACAGAGAGACAACGAACACUGAGGCGUAGUGAAAGACGUGUCCACUUCAGUGUGUUAAAACCACAAUGUGAUGGCAGUGGAACAUUCCAUGUUCAAAACAGUUUGCUUAUAUAAUAUGUACAAACUGUUCUGAAUGUUCCACUGUCAGAAUAGUAGUCUGGGAAAGUUGAAGAAAGUAGAGUUUGGAAGCUUUUAUUUUGAAUACAGUACAAGGGACUUGUGUGAAGAUGAGUUAUUUGAAGGGAAGGGUGUUGGAAAUUGGUGGAGCUGUGUGUCUUGUACGUGCCUCCUGUCCUGUUUACCUGAAACUGGGAUGGAACUCGGGCUGGAAGCUCAAGCUGAUGGGCCCUUGUCCCUGGAGAGUAACAGACCCGUCAAGCCGCCUGGUGGCUCUGUAGUCUGAUUAGGAUUUACAAUAAUUCUAUUUUGUAACUAAUCCUUGUUGUUGUUCCAGUUCAGCUCUUUUCUGAGGGUUCUGGUCAGUUGUUUUUUGACAGUUAUAAGUGGACUAGCUGAAGGACUUCUCUUGGCAGUGGAACAUUUGAUGUGGCUUAUUGUACAUGUAGUAAUGUAUCCAACGAUUGCCUCCAAUUGCUUUAUUUUAGUGCAUGGCAAGGUAAUAUCAUGCCCAGAGCAGCAAGCCUAUGUGAAUUAAGACUUGCAGUGUUGUGGUUCAGUAUAUUUGUCCUUGGGGGCAAAUCAUAGUCAGUGGUUUAUCUUUCCUUAUUAUUGCGUUCUUUGCUUUAGACAGUGGGCAGGAAGAGAGUCAGAGGCUGUCAUUUUGCCUGAAAAUUCUAUUGCGGUUUGGUAUAUAAAUCAGCUAUACGUUCAUCGGGUUUAUUUGUGUUGUACUCAAAAUGAGGACAGUACAUCAAGUAAUGUUUUUGAGUAAUGAUCUGUUUUCCCCCCACGCCCUGCUAAUUCAAGUCAAAAUGUAGACCUCCUAAAAGUAGCACCAACACUCCAAUAUGUGCAAGAAUAAUACAACUGACAUUUUUAAUAUCCUCUUAAAUCAGAGGUAUGGAAACUAUUAAAAGCACCUUAAAGGCUUGAAUAUAUCAAAGAGGGUUCACCGUGAUGGAAAUGUGUAUUUGAUUGAAGGUAGAGCUAUCCCUGGAUAUGUCUGCAAUGCAUAGGGGCCACUUAACCAACACUGUUAAGGAGCUUAGCACACUCCUGUACAGCAUAGAACUGUGUUUCAUCUUGAUGGCCUCCCAUUUUGCUCCUAGGACCACCAUGAAAUAUUGAUUGAGGGUAACAAUCUUUUGAGAUGUGUGGAAUAAUACCCAGAGCCAAAUGUUUUAAGAAAAUAGAUUUUAUUGUUAUCAACAAUAUUUUAUUUGGAAAUUCUAUAGGAUUGUAGAUAUUGAUAUUUGAGAGGUUUGUCGUGCAUCAGAGGAGCGCCUGCUGAGGUGGAUCGUAGUAUGGCCUCUGGUGCCACGUUCCUCUUCUGAUGGGGACAUGUCCUCCUUGUGCCUGUCCACAACCACUUUUAUUAUCUCUUUCACCCCUGGUCUUCAUGUUCUCUUUGAAAUCUCACGCAUUUUUUUUUUUAGAAAUAUAGAUUUUGACUGUUUAUACACUAUUUCGCCACAGCUACAACAACAAUAUGAAAACAACAAUUGUGUGUGUGGGGGGGUGUAAUAAGGAUGUUAAGUAUAGCUUUUAUGUUCAUCUACCUUUAACAGAUUUAAUGGUAAUGAGUAAUAUUAAUUAUUAUUAUUAUUGAGCAAGUCUACCUUUUUUCCAAGAAAAGGGCUGCUAAAGUAAAAGAAUGUUCUGGAGAUUUAGUGUACUAAAGAAACAACACUUUUUCUAUGUGUAUUUAUCUUGUGUAUUUAUCUUGUGUAUUUAUCUUGUGUUCCCAUUGGUGUGUGGUGGUUGGGGGAGUGUUAGAGGGCUUAUGGAAGGCAUAGUGGGGUCUGGUCCAGUUUGUGCAUUGCUGUCUAUUGAACAGCCUUUCUUUCACAAAUUGUAAGAGUUUUGUUAACUUUCACAUAACCUUUGUCCAUCCCCACAACCCCAGUCUUAAGAAAUUGAAAUACUGUUAUUUACAGGAAGACCUUUUUAGAUGUGAUUUUGACAUUGUAGGAUACAGUGGACGACCUUGCGUUGAUUUGAAAACAAGAUACAUGUAACACGAAAGGGAUUGAAACUAAUAUGUAUGAAUUUCACUGUAUAACAUACAAAAUGGGUGGAAGAGGGAUUAGAAAUCAGAGUUUGUAUCGGGUCAUUUAGUAACAUUGUUCUGCCCUGGAGUAUCAUGGAAAGCUCCACGUCCUAACACACCUUUGUGUAAGACUAAUAGCAGCUGUCAGGUUUGGCUUGUGUUAUACUUAGAGUUCUCCAGUGAUGCAACAAUGAGCUCCAUAGAUCUGCUUCUAGCUGUUAGCUCACACAAAGUGUACUGAUAGAAAACACCUACUCAAGAGCAGAAACUAUUGGGAUGUGUUAGGAUGACUUAUGUCAAUUUAUUUUGUUUUGAUUUUUGUUUUUUCCUUCAUUUAGAAUUUAUUUUUGGGGGGUUUUGAAAGAAGUGUUUGUUGUGGUUAAUUGUUCAUUAGUGAUGUGAUUAUUAAAAAUGUAAUAAAAUACAAAUGUUUAAGAUA